AUGCCGUGGCGAAGGUCGCCGCUCUGCGAGAGUACUGGAAGAGGCGUUGAAACGCCACUUCUCCUACGACGUUUUGCUCACCAGGAGAAUGCGCUCGUCAAAUUCGCAGAACUGUACCGGGACCAGAAGAACGCACAAGGUGUUGCAGAAGUCAUCAACAUGUCCCGGUCAUUCAUGUCUUCAACGGCAAAGGCCAAGACCGCGAAACUCAUCAACAUAUCCAAAUGGAAGUCCUGA